AUGGACAUCCAGCAGCCGCCGGCAAAGUCCAGCCGCCACCUAGAUAGAGAGAGGAAACGAGCGGCUCGAGCGUGCGAUGGCUGUCGCCGCCAGAAGGAGCGGUGCGAUGGAGGCGUGCCGUGUCGGAGGUGCUUCCGGCUAGGCCGCCCAUGCGACUUCACGGCUAGAGCCUCAGCCGACAGCGAGUCGCAGGCCGGCUCAGGCGUGCGCCCGGGAGCCAUAGCAAGCGCCGCUGACCAGGCCAAGCGCCUCGAGUACCUGGAACGCAUUGUCCAGGGCUACGUCGGCAGCAAAGAUGCGCUGGACCUCGAGGCUCUCAAGGAUCUGGCCGAGGCCACGGACAAGCGCCGAGAUUCCACUCGACCGGCCGACAUCUCGUCCCAGAGCUCUGAAUUCGAUGGCGUGGACGAGAAGUUUGAGAUGCGACCUCUCCACGGCAAUGUUACACAUUAUUCCGGAGAAUUUUCACAUUGGAACUUUUCCAUGCGUAUAAAGAAGUGGAUCGACCAAACAGUUACAAAUGAUUCUUUGAAUCAACCAUCCAAGUCCGCGACGUCAUUCAAGGAGUACUAUCGCGCCGAGGAGCUCCAAUCAAACUCCGAAAUCCUAGGAUCACUAUCACUCUUACCACCGAGACCCAUCGCUGACUUCCUCGUUUACUCCUUUUUCAAGCAUGCGCAGACCAACUACUUCUUCGUUGAACAGGAAUGGCUCAGGGCCAAGUUAAAUCUUGCUUACGAGAACCCUGGAUCCUUUUCUCGGAGAGAUAACCCCACGGAGAAAGGGACGGGCGCGUUUACAGAAGAUGCGGUUGGGAUACUGUUCUAUCAGCAAGCGUGCAGACUGCUUCCAGAUGUUAUUACGGUAUCCUCAUUGGAGAGCGUGCAGGCCGUCCUAUUGCUCGGUAUAUACACUCUGCCAGUGGAUGCAUCUGGAUUAGCCUACAUCUAUCUCAACUUGGCCCUUAAGCUUGCGAUACAAAACGGCAUGCAUAGGAAAUAUCCCGUCGAAAAUCGAGAUGUGCGCAUUGUCGAGACCAGAAAUCGGGUGUGGUGGAGUGUUUACACGAUUGAGAAGCGUGUCGGAAUCUUCCAUGGAAGGCCAACUUCUAUUUCAAGUACUGAUGUGGAUGCCGAUUAUCCCAUACACCUCCCCGAACUUUGGUCAUCAACUACGCCGACCGAUACUGCACAUCUGCUAGCGACUUUUGAGCUAAAUCAAAAGCUAAGCAGAAUGUCCCAAGAGAUAACUAUACUACGCUCUUUACCAAAACACGAUGUUCCAGAAGGCCUAAAGAGGCUUUUAGGCCUGCAUCGUGAGCUAAAAGGCUGGUGGGAAUCUCUGCCGAAUGACAUUUUCUGCAAAGAAUUCACAUCUCAGUCGACACUGUCUCGUCAACACAUGCACCUGCACUUGGAAUAUUGCCUUGUACGCAUGUUUGUCGGCCGCGUUUUCAUCUUUCCCGAGGCAGGUUUCAAAGAUGGUAGCAGUCCGGCCACAUCUGCAAACGGGCCCUCCAGUGCGUCGCUGAGUAGAAAGGGCACUCGUUCGACCUUGGUUGCAGACUGUACUGAGGCCGCGCUGUCAAUUAUAGACACGUGUCGCUCUCUACGCAAUAGUAUUGGUCUCGCCCGCGCGUCGUAUACGGAGUUCAGCUCUUGUCGGGCGGCUCUUUUGGUCAUUACUACGCAAUGUCUUUCUCAGAAAACCUACAUGUUCCGACAGGCUUUGCGAGAUGGGCUAUCUAUGCUCAAGGAAAUGUCAACUGGCAGCCAAUCAGCACACUCCGAAAUGUCGCUAAUAGAGGCAUUCGAACAGGCUAUAGCUAACAUGAACGCACAGGAGCUGACAGCCACCUCAAUAGUGAGCGAGUCUGAAUAUGCCAAAUUCAAAAAGUGGGAGCAGCUGUGGAAGAGCGACGCACCUAUAGCAGAAAUGGCUGAGAGAGGCGUUGAAAACAAACCAGUGCCGAUUGUACCGCCUGUGAUGGAGCAGCCAAGGCAUAUGGGAGAAGCUCCGAAGGAAGAACCCGCGAUGAUGCCACACGGCACUCCGUUCUUCGGUGUAGACGGACAUUUCGCGUCAUUUCCACAAAGUUUGGAUGACUUUUCGGCAUUCUUUGGCAACGAGUUUGGAAAUAAUAUUGAUCCUGGACAUGGAUGA